UGCCCCAUCAUUGCUGUCAGUGUCAGUGGGGGGAGGAAUAGUGCCCCAUCCUUGGUGUCAGUGGGGGGAGGAAUAGUGCCCCAUCCUUGGUGUCAGUGGGGGAGGAAUAGUGCCCCAUCCUUGGUGUCAGUGGGGGGAGGAAUAGUGCCCCAUCCUUGGUGUCAGUGGGGGGAGGAAUAGUGCCCCAUCCU